AUGUGGAGCAGAGAGAGCGCCUCUGUACUUCUCAUCUGCCUGCUGGCGCUCACAGCUCUCUGGAAAACCAGAUCAGUGAAUGCCGAUGCCACAUCUGAUGCCUUUAAAACCAACAUCACCCUGUUCACACGGAUCCUGGACAGACUGCUGGAUGGAUAUGACAACCGUCUACGGCCUGGUCUUGGGGACAGGGUAACUGAGGUGAAGACAAACAUCUACGUCACCAGCUUUGGACCAGUUUCAGACACAGACAUGGAGUAUACCAUAGAUGUUUUUUUCCGGCAGAGCUGGAAGGAUGAAAGGUUGAAAUUUCAUGGACCAAUGAAUAUUUUGCCCCUCAACAACCUGAUGGCGAGUAAGAUCUGGACUCCAGACACCUUCUUCCACAAUGGGAAAAAGUCUGUGGCUCAUAACAUGACCAUGCCUAAUAAACUGCUGAGGAUCAAAGAUGACGGGACGCUGCUGUACACCAUGAGGUUAACUGUGCAUGCAGAGUGCCCAAUGCAUCUGGAGGAUUUCCCCAUGGACUUUCAUUCCUGUCCACUAAAAUUUGGCAGCUAUGCCUACACAAUCUCAGAAGUGACUUACGCUUGGACUCGAAAUGCCUCUGACUCUGUGGUAGUGGAAGGAGAAAGCUCCCGUCUGAACCAGUACGACCUGCUUGGACAAACGGUCGGACAAGAAACUAUCAAGUCGAGUACAGGUGAAUACACAGUGAUGACAGCUCAUUUCCAUCUGAAGAGGAAGAUCGGCUACUUUGUCAUCCAGACGUACCUCCCAUGUAUCAUGACCGUCAUCCUCUCCCAAGUGUCUUUCUGGUUGAACAGAGAAUCAGUGCCAGCUAGGACUGUGUUCGGUGUAACCACUGUUCUCACGAUGACAACACUGAGUAUAAGUGCAAGGAACUCCCUCCCCAAGGUUGCUUAUGCCACAGCCAUGGACUGGUUCAUUGCUGUCUGCUACGCCUUCGUCUUCUCCGCUUUGAUUGAGUUUGCCACUGUCAAUUACUUCACAAAGCGCGGCUGGGCUUGGGAUGGAAAGAGUGUCGUGAAUGACAAGAAAAAAGAGAGGGCGUCUGUUGUCAAGAAGAAUAAUGCCUACGCCGUGGCAGUGGCCAACUACGCGCCUAACAUUACCAAGGACUCUAGCACACUUCCAACCAUCGCCAAAGGUGGAGCUGCUGAUCCCAACAAGGCCAAAGCAGAUGGGAAAGCCCAAGAAAGCAAGAAGACGUUCAACAGUGUCAGCAAAAUUGACAGGAUGUCAAGGAUUUUGUUUCCUGUUCUCUUUGGCACCUUCAAUCUCGUCUACUGGGCCACCUACUUAAACAGAGAACCCGUUAUAAAGGACAUGGUCCCCUCUAAUUAG